AUGACGAGGCGACGAAACAAGGUGAUCGAAGGUAUUGACACUAUCGUUGUUCGACUGGCCAAUGGUCAAGUGAGGGUAACAGAUGAGUACGUUCGUGGUUACACUGCGUCUGCUCCAGAUAUGAUCAACAACGUCAUGGUACAUAGCAGCCGAAUAGAAGGCGAUAUGGUCUCGGUAACGUUCUCAAGGCCAGUGAACUCAGCCGAGUACCCUUAUGACAGUUCACUUUUGGGAUGUCAGCCUUGGCAGUUUGUGAUCGGCUUGAAUCGUAUGGGACCAAAUGGUGAAAUGCGCCACCAUAGAUUUACGCCUAUUCAGCGGACGGUCUGCAUCGAUGAGUGUAGAAUCUAG